ACUGACUCCUCGCAUCACCGUCUACUCAACGAUUUCGCAAGUCACAUACGACGAUUAGACCGUCUCUUAUGACAUUGCAUGACUGAGUGUAGGCACGAUGCACAUCCCAGAACGCUCAGUCAACGGUUUCGAUGCGAAUCUGGUCAUUGGGCCGGUCCAAGUCGGUGGGCUUUUAAGCGCUGCAUUAUUCGGCUGUCUUUCUUGCCAGUUCUACGUAUAUUUCGCAAAAUUCACAAGCGAUCGUCUUAUCUUGAAAGCCGCUGUAUCUGCAGUCUUCUUCAUUCAACUGGCUCACUUUGUCUGCAUAAUAUCAAUGUUAUGGACGAUGACUGUCGUCACCUAUGGUGACCCAUCUCAACUCAAGGUGUUUCCUGUGGCGGCAGACUUGGCCAUUCCAUUGAGCGCCUUCACAGCAUUUAUCGUGCAGGCAUUUUACGCAUUUCGACUUUGGAGGUUGUCUGAAAAAAUUUUCUUGCCUAUUCUCUGCGAAAUGAUCUCAGUUGUUGCGCAAAUUUCCACACUCAUUCUUUCAUCGAGAGCGUUUUAUAUGACAGACCUCACGGUUUUUGAAGACAAUCAAAUGGACUUGAUUACGCUGUCCUUCGUUGCACGUGCAACUUGCGACUUACUUACCACUGGUGCCAUCGCCUGGAGUCUAUACCACAAACGAGUCUCCAAACUUCCAAGCACAAUGACGAUAAUCGACCGGUUGAUCUAUUGGACUAUUGAAACCGGUCUUUCCACCAGUUUGAUGGCCGUUAUAGUGGCAGUGUUGUUUCUAGUCCUGGAGCAGAACUGUGAGUGUAUUUGUACUGUAUUUCACCACCGCUGAAAUGAUGCAGUUGUGUGGUUUGGAGCAUGGUUGAUGCUGCCUAAUGUUAUAGCGAACUCCUUAUUGGCCUCGUCAGUCACCAAACGGACUUGACAAAUGAUAAACAUGAUGGACUUACCGAUAUGGCAUUCAGGUUCAAUCGGCGGUUAUUUCUUCAGGAGAGUCGGUCCGCUUCGAGAAGUGAUGUCCAGAGUCGUACUGGUAUAAACACCAUUGUGUUCAAAGCUGACACUAGGCGACCAGAAGCAU